AUGACAGAUAUUAGUAAUGUAAUAACGAGCAGAAAACCGACACAACUUGAAGGUUUAGCCAUUAAUGGACAACUAACUCUUAACAAAUUAAUUAAUACAGUGGAAGAAAUAUUUACCACAUUGGCAACCUUCUCUUCAAGCGAAAAUACAGAAGACAUUCGACAAAAAGUAACCGAAAGUCAAAAUAAAUAUAAAAAUGUUAGUGAUGAAUUGAAUAAUAUAAUAGGACAGAUUGAUGUUAUUUGGACUAAGAAAAAAGAAGAAACUUCAACGGAAAAUAAUAUGGAACUAAGUGAACCGAAGAAAGAUCCUGAAAUAAAAGGUUUAAUUGAAACGCGUGAUUCACUUUUACAAGAAUCAGAAACACAAAAAAACCAUCUAAAGGAAUUGCUUGACCAAACGUAUGAAUUACAAUUUCUUAUACAAACAUUACUAGCAAGUUGUGAACAACAAGAAGUUGUUCUACCCGAUUCCUAA